AUGACAACGUGGGCGUCGUGGCUGGCUCCCCCCAGAAGCCCCUGUAACCCCGCCCCGCCUGCUGCCCGUCUACCCGUCUCCGCGCUGGCGUUUCCACUCGACUUGUCACUGGUUAACCCACGUUCCAAUCUCCUCCAUUCUUCGCAGAGUUCCUGGGUACUCUCUGCUACGGACAUGGCCUCUCAAGAUGAGAAAAAGUUCGAAGGGCCGGCUCUUCCGGUAGAAUUUGGCGGAGAAAGCGACAAGACGGAUCGGGCCAGCUCCAUUGCCACGUCUCUGGAGCAAACAGCCAACCAGAAAAGUGAUGGCAACACACGGCGAUUCUCGCUCUCUGGCGCUGGUCAGCUUUCUCUAGACGAUGUGGCCAGCGUCCAAGUACAGAUUCGCGACCUCGAGGUGUCCGUCAACACCGCGCCGACAUGGCUCGCUCCCUCCACAUAUCCCAGCCUCUUCAAAUCAAAAUUCAACACGGCCCCGGAGAUGAAGACACUCAUCCAUUCCGUCAAUGCCGACUUGGCACCGGGCAGUCUCACAGCCAUCAUUGGAGGCAGUGGCUCAGGCAAGACGACGCUGCUCAACACCAUGGCCGAGCGCAUCUUCAGCUCCCGGCUGCACCAGCAAGGCAUUGCCACAUUCAACGGCGAGACCGGCGUCCAGAACGUGCGCCAUGCCUAUGUCAUGCAGCAAGACAUCCUUCUCCCGACCUUGACCGUUCGCGAGACGUUGCGAUACGCAGCCGACCUUCGCCUGCCAUCCGCCAUGAAGCGCAAAGACCGAUGGCGCAUUGUCGAAGAGGUCAUCCGCGAGUUGGGCUUGAAAGAGUGUGCAGAGACAAGAAUCGGAAACUCACAACACCGUGGGUGCUCGGGAGGCGAAAAGCGGCGCGUCAGUAUCGGCGUCCAGCUCCUGGCGAACCCAUCCGUCCUCUUUCUUGACGAGCCAACCACCGGCCUCGACGCCACGAGCGCCUAUCAGCUCGUCCGAACCCUGAAAGCCUUGGCGAGAAAGGGACGCACAAUCAUUACCACCAUUCAUCAGCCUCGUUCCGAAAUAUGGCAUCUCUUUGACAGCAUCGUCAUUCUGACCAGGGGUAGCCCGGUUUACUCUGGCGACGCGUCCGAAUGCAUCCCUUGGUUUGAAAGCCAGGGAUUUCCCAUCCCACCCUUUGUCAACCCGGCCGAGUUUGUAAUUGACAUUGCCGCGGUCGACAAUCGUACGCCAGAGUUGGAAGCCGAGAGCAGCAUGCGCGUCGAGAAUUUGAAGCGAAUCUGGGGACAAGAGAGCGACAAACUAUUCUCACCCCUCGGCGGCGUCAUUAGCCAACCGCAUCGCCGUCAUCAUCACAAUCGCUCUCAUGGAAAAGACGAACGGGCUGGCUUUCUUCGCCAGCUGCGGGUUUUGACCCACCGAACCUUCAAAGUCACGUAUCGCGACCCAAUGGGCAUGACUGCCGCCAUUCUGGAAGCCGUUCUUCUCGGCGCCAUCACGGGCUACAUGUUCUGGAAUGUUGGUCGCGACCAAGCUGGUAUUAGAUCUCGCGAAGGCGGGCUCUACAUUACUUCUGGUCUGCAAGGCUAUCUAAUACUCCUAUUCGAGGUGUAUAGACUCACCAUUGACAUGCCCACCUUCGACCGCGAAAAUUCCGAAAACUGCGUCGACCCUCUUCCGUUCAUUCUGUCUCGCCGACUCGCACGAUUGCCGACCGAGGAUGUACCUGUGCCAUUCCUUUUCUCCAUAUUGAUGUACUUUAUGUCGGGAUUCGAUCGCGAAGUGGGAAAAUUCUUCACCUUUUUUGCAAUUACUCUACUCAACCAAUACGUUUCCGUGACGUGCGCCAUGGCAUGUGUCACAGCCGUGCGACACUUUCCCGGGGCAAGCUUAAUUGCCAAUUUGGUGUACACUAUCCAGAGUAUAGCAUGCGGCAUGUUUGUGCAGUCUAGCAGUAUCCCGGUUUAUGUUCGGUGGAUAAAAUGGUCCGCAUACAACUUUUAUGCGUUCAGCGCUUAUUGUGCAAACGAGUUCCAAGGCAGCUUCUACGAUUGCCCGUAUCCUGGUGGCAAAGACAAUCCGGCAUGCGAACAGUACACUGGAAAAUACAUUAUGAAAUCACUCGGCUUCCCCACGAACUGGAUCGCAAGACCGAUUGUUGCGCUCGCGUCGUUCAUUGCCCUAUUUUUGCUUUUAUCCACGAUCGGCCUCACAUUCCUAAAAGUCGAAAUGACAAUUGCCAGAGCUCGAACCACUGAUACCGACUUGUCCGCUGGAAAGGAAAAGAUGACGGUACGAUCUAUCACCGAGGUCAGAGCCAUUGAUGUUGGCUUGGACAGGUUUGCGCUCGCAUUGGACAAAAAGGCAGCCACUGGCAAGUCUCUGCCUAGACGUCUGAUUGUUAAUCCAGUGACGACGAUGUUCCAAGCUGGCACACUCAACGUCGUUAUGGGCCCAUCUGGUAGUGGCAAAACAUCACUUCUCAAUGCCAUGGCACUGAGACUGCGAAACUCUGUCGGCAACAAAUAUCGGCCCUCCGGCAAACUGACCUUCAACGGCGCUGUCCCUUCCGACUCUGUUAUCCGCUCUGUUUGCUCGUACGUUUGUCAAGAUGACGAUGCGCUGCUGCCAUCACUCACGGUACGCGAAACUCUGCGAUUUGCGGCCGGCCUGCGUCUACCCUCAUUUAUGAGCACCGAGGAGAAAUAUCGUCGAGCAGAAGAAGUAUUGCUUAAGAUGGGUUUGAAGGACUGCGCCAACAAUCUGAUCGGCAAUGAUAUGAUUAAAGGCAUCUCGGGUGGUGAGAAGCGACGUGCCAGUAUUGCCGUUCAAGUCCUGACAGACCCGCGAGUGCUGCUUCUCGACGAGCCUACUUCUGGUCUGGACGCCUUCACAGCCAGCUCCAUAAUGGAGGUGCUUCAGGGCCUCGCCAACGAGGGGCGCACACUGAUACUCACUAUUCAUCAAGCACGCUCUGAUCUGUUUAAGCAUUUUGGAAAUGUCCUCCUGCUAUCUCGUGGCGGCCAUCCCGUGUAUGCCGGUGCGGGUAGGGACAUGCUGGGGUACUUUGGCAGACAUGGAUAUGAAUGCCCGAAGAAUACCAAUCCUGCCGACUUUGCGCUGGACAUGAUUACUGUCGACUUGCAAAAGGAAGACGUCGAGGCGGAGAGCCGUGAGCGAGUCAAGAAGCUCAUUGAAAGCUGGAACAUGCAUCUCGAUCCAGCAAAGGCUGGCGAGCCGCGCCUGUCAGCUAUUCACGAAGAAACCGAUGAACUUGGUGAGAAGCGAAGCAUCCAAGACGGCAAACUUCAUAUCGAGGGCAUGGAAGAAGGCGAAAGCAGCGACAAGACACGGCCAUCGCUUUACGACAACAAAGACGCCCUCGAAGUCAAGGGCUCCUUCGCAGCUGCACCUCGCCGCUCCUUUAACCGCGCCAACCUCUCUACGCCAGCAGAACUCGGGGCUCUCGUACGAAAACGCACAUCCCUUGUGAAGGCGCUGCCGCUUCUUUUGCGUCGCGCCGUCAUCAAUACCCGCCGCCAGCCGGAGCUCAUUCUCGCGCGUACGAUGCAAGUCGCUGGCCUGGCAGGCGUUUUCACGCUGUUUUUUGCGCCCUUCAAGCACGAUUACUUUUCGGUGCAAAAUCGCAUGGGUUACGUACAGCAGGUCGGUGCUUUCUACUUUGUCGGCAUGCUACAGAACGUGGCCGUAUACCCUGCGGAACGCGACGUCUUUUACCGCGAGGAUGACGACGGCGUGUACGGCGUCGACGCCUUUCUUCUAACCUAUACGAUCCUCGAAUUGCCUUUUGAGAUUCUCAGCUGCCUCAUCUACGGUAUCUUCUCAACCUUUGCGGUGCGCAACCCCGAGACGGCCUCGCUCUACUUUGCCACGUUCUUUGGCUGCUUCGGCGUCGUGUCGUGCGGCGAGAGCCUGGGCAUAAUGUUCAACACGCUGUUUGCGCACACGGGCUUCGCGGUCAACAUCAUGGGCGUCUUUUUGUCCGUCGCCAACGGCAUGGCGGGCGUCCUGUCCAUCAACAUGCCCGAGGCAUUUAAUGCGCUCAACUACCUGUCGCCGAUUCGCUACGCGACGCGCGCCAUGGCGCCGUACGCGAUGCGCGGCGUCGAGUUUCACUGCACGAGCGAGCAGACGCUUCCGGAUGGGUCGUGCCCCAUUACGUCGGGAGAGCAGGUACUGGAUCUGUACAAUUUUGACGUGGACCCCAAUGUGAAUGCCUACUGCCUCUUGGCGUGCAUUGUGAUAUAUAGAUUGAUCGCGUGGGCACUACUGAGAGUGACGAGGGCGCGCUGGAAGGACAAGAAGAGGGUCGAAGUUUAA